UUUCGACCUCGGAUUCUUCGGAAGUCAAAAUUUGAUCAGUUGCCAUAAGUUUUGUUCUAUGUCAGUUGCUUUUCUGUGAAUAUGGCUUCAGGAAAAAAAGGAAAAAAGACGAAAGGGAAGACUUUUGCACUGAACCAGUUUCUGCAAGAGACUCCUGGAAGUGUCCCCAGCCAACCUAUUAGAAAAUCUACAAAUUGGGCCGAUGAAGUUGAGGAAUAUGACGCUUUGGACUCAAAAAUCAUCAAUGUGGUGCUACCGACCGCACCAAAAGCGUCAAGAGAUUUUGAUGACAUCACUAGCAAAGUUCCAAUGGAUGGGCCGUAUAUGGCGUAUCUCACAAAUUUACCUUACGAUGUAGAAGAGUUUGAGAUAGCUGAAUUUUUUAAGCAUUUAAAGAUCGCCAAUAUGCGAAUUCCAAAAGAGGACCGGUCUGGUGAAGGAGGCAAACUGAGAGGUUUUGGCUACGUUGAAUUUGAAGAUAGGGAAAGUCUAAUGGGCGCGCUGAUGAUACCUGAUACGAUGCUUAAAAAUCGUAGAAUACGAAUUGAAGUUUCCACUAAUUCCGAUAAUGGACGUAGAGGAAACCGCAUGGGAGAUCGAAUGGGAAGUGCUGAUACAGGUGGUGACUGGCGUUCAAGUAACCGACCUGAACCAAUGGAAGAACGUCGGGGCGGCUUCAAUCGAGACCGCGAAAGUGGCGGCGGUUUCAAUAGAGACCGAGAAAGCAGCGGUGGUAGUUUUACACGAGAAGGCAUGCGAGAAGCCGGAUCAAAGGAUCGAGACUAUGGUGGUUUCAAUAGAGACCGAGAAGGGGGAUUUAAUAGGGACCGAGACAUGGGAAGGGAAAGAGAUGGAGGUUUUAGUAGAAAUAGGGAGCAAUCGGAUCGUCCUGGGGCGUGGAGAGACGGUGAUAGAUCUAGCAAUACGAAUGAAAGAGGUUUUUCUAGGGGCAAUUUUAGAGACUCAGAUAGAAGUAGCAGAUUUGAUCGGGAUGAAAGAGACGAUCGAAGGGGGGGUAGUGGAUUUAGGCGACAUGAUGAUAACGAAAGGAACGGCAGCUUCAGUAGAAGCAGUAAUAGAGAGGAAGGCGAUUCCGAAGUACCUCCCAGUUCUGAAUCUCGUCAGCGACCAAAACUAAAACUGGCUCCUCGCACCAAGCCUCUGGAUCAAGCUGCUGUUAAACCUGAACCGGCUGUGCCUUCCGCUUCGAUAUUUGGCAAUGCAAAGCCAGUUGAUACGGCGGAGCGUGAGCGACAAAUCGAAGAAAAGCUUUUGCGGGAACAAGAGGAAAGGUUGAGGGAAUCAAGUAGGGAUAGGGAGAGGAGCAGCAGAGACAGAGAUAGGGAGAGGAGCAGCCGAGACAGUAGUGGUGAUAGGAAACAGAUUGUAAGGGGAGGGUCUAUUACCAGAAAAUAUGAAACUGACAACCAUAACCAUACGGAUAAUGGCGAUACACAAUAUAGUUCUACCCAGUCACAACAAACCCGUCCUUCGAGAGAGAGGAUAGACAGUAAAUCUUCAAGCGACGAAAGCCAGCAAUCAAAAAAUUCUAGAAGUGAUGGCAAGUCACCAGAUGAAAAGAAGAGUACAGAGAAACAAGACGGAUCAAAACGCGAAGAGAAAAAAGAUCGACUAGAAAAAGAAAUGCCCAAAAUCCAAGAACCGGAAGCUCCCAACUUUCAAGGCAGCAAUAAAUUCGCUUUAUUGAAUGAUGAUUCUGAUUAAUUCUCCAAACGCACGCUGUGUGAGGGAAAGCGUAUACGAGCUAUUAAGCUUGUAGCUAUGUUACUCUGUGUUAUUUAUAUUUACUUAAAUAUAAGUAAUACAAAUGCAACUUUUUACAUAUUUAUUACUUUAAAUGUAGAGUAUAUUAUUUGUUUAAUACAGGAUACUUUGUACGUGUAUAGAUUUUGUUGAAAUUUUAAGAUUUGUAAUUCUGUCGAAAAUACAUUACAUUUAUUUCAGUAA